CAUCUUCGUCGCGACGGGACAUAGAGAGCGACCUAAUAGAAUACUGAUUAAUCACAAGACUGGUUACCGCAACUUUCGCAUAUACAUACCUAUAUACAUACAUAUAUACAUCGAAGGGGGUGAAAAAAAAUGUGGUGCAGUUAACUUACAACACAAAAAUUUCACCCUUAGAUUUGAAUUCAAUUUUUGUCGAAGAUACAAUUUUUUAAUCUACAAUUUUUUUCAACCUUAAUUUUUUUAAAUUCUUUUUUAAAAAGAAUUAAUUCUUAAUCCUGUUUUGGGUAUUCUUUGGACAAAAAAAUACUGUUAGUAUUUGUGAUAAAUCUGCGUUAAGUUUGUGGCCUUGGGUUCGAAGGUAUUUUUGAUUUUUUUUUCUGGUUGACAGUGGUGGGAAUUUCUUGAACGACAUGUGAUUAUUAGAACUGAGGAGAGAUAAACGAACAAUGUGAAUUGUGUUUGAGGGCAUUAUCGAAGGAUUCUUAUCGAGAAAGAGAGAGAGAGAGAAACUGGUUUGUGUGUCGUUUAUUUCGUUAUCGGUUUUAUCGAAAAGCGCAUUAAAAAGGGUGAGAACAAUUGUCCUGGACCAAACGACCAGGGGGGUAGACACACUGGAAGGUAGUCGGGAUGCGGCACACGGAGCCGCUUAGCUCCAGGUAACACGUGGCGACUUCACGCCUUCCGCACUCAUUAGGAAAGCUGUUUCAGCGUGAGAGGCUGGAACAUCCAGGAUGCUAGGUGUGCGGAAGUUGCUACGUUUGAUGAUCUAUAUGAUGAUUAGCUUAAAAACCGUCAGUAGCAACAGUGAUAUCUGGCCAUUGGAAAGGCCGGACGGAAUGCCAGCGAUACAAUCACUUGAAGUAAUGUGUGGAAAGGACCACAUGGACGUUCAUCUUUCAUUUUCUCAGCCCUUCGAGGGCAUCGUAUCUUCGAAAGGCCAGCACGCAGAUCCCCGCUGUGUCUACGUUCCACCUUCAACUGGACAAACAUUCUUCUCUUUUCGGAUAGCAUAUGCAAGGUGUGGCACGAAACCGGAUAUGCAUGGCCAAUUUUACGAGAAUACGGUUGUAGUUCAAUACGAUAAGGAUCUACUUGAGGUUUGGGACGAAGCGAAAAGGCUGCGAUGUGAGUGGUUCAACGAUUAUGAGAAAACAGCUUCGAAACCGCCAAUGGUUAUUGCUGAUCUCGAUGUCAUUCAGCUUGAUUUUCGAGGUGACAAUGUGGAUUGCUGGAUGGAAAUUCAACAUGGAAAGGGACCAUGGGCACCGCCAGUUUCUGGAAUCGUUCCAUUGGGUUCAACAUUGACCCUGGUCGUCGCCAUAAAUGAUUACCGAGGUAACGAGCGAGCCAUCAAAGUCAAAGGCGAAUUUGACAUGCGAGUGAAAUCGUGCGUCGCUUCCGAUGGCGGUGGUCAUACAAUUCAGCUCAGCGAUGAAUUUGGCUGUGUUCUCAGGCCAAAAAUGAUUAGUCGUUUCUUAAAGGCACGUGGUUCUGAUGAUCGUGCAACCGUCAUCACUUACGCUUUCUUUCAUGCCUUCAAAUUCCCUGACGCACUUAGCGUUCACAUCAAAUGCAAGGUGGAAAUAUGUCGUCAUGGAUGUCUGGACCAUUGUCAAUUGAGCGAUAACGUGGACAGAAUACAGGAAAGAAAGGACGUGAAUAUAAGACCAUUAUAUUCACAAACGACAACAACGACAACGACAACAACAACAUCGUCAUCGGCGAGCCAUGAGGAGGACGGUUUGAUGUACGAUGAUAUCAUUCAAAACAAUAAUAAUAAUAAUAAUGACGCAAUGACCUCAGUUGGCGGCCAGUUUCUUGGCGUUGAAAAAUCAGCACCAAAAGCACAAGCACAAAUGAUGAGUAAUCGAGUAUCAAUGCCUGGUACCGAAACGAAUUCCGGUACCACUUCCAUUGAUCCACAGCAUCUGCCUCCUAUUUUGGAACCCGCUCGAGUGACGCGUUACGACGGCGAAGAGCGUUUCCCCCAUGGACCACGUAAUCUCGACGAAGAGGAGGACACGCCGCGCGACGAUGACGCCACUUAUCAUGCGAAAGAUAAAAAAGAAUCGUACGAUAAGAAAGUGACGAGCACAGAAUCACAAAGAAGAGAUGAAUUGGAAAAUCCAAUUCGACGUAAACGUUCAGUGAUUGUGUCCGAUCGUAAGGUGAGAAGCGCCGACGUUGGCGUGAGUGGAAUCUACGAGGUCAUCUCCGAGGCUGACCUUGCAUUCAGUCCCGAUGCCCAUGCCGAGGCAGUCACUGUUUUUCAAGGGCGUAUUCGCGAGGAAGUUGUCUAUGGAAUUUGUCUUCCCGUGCCUGGUUUCAGUGCACUUUUUGUUAUUGUUGCACUGUCGGCAGUAAUAUCGGCGCUUGUCGCUGGCGCAAUGCUACAUCGAUUACAGGUGCAACGCGAAAUGAUGAGGGAAAAUCAAAAGAACAAUACAAUUCAUCAGACGAACGCCAAUGGUUGGUUGUCCUAUGGUUUAUUGCGUGUACGUUGCUCCGAUCGAUUACAUCGUAAUGAGACACAAAAACCGGGGAACAAUCCAAUUGAACAAGGCUGAUAAGGAACGUUUAUUUAUUAUUUAUAUUAUAUUCGAUUCGUCUCAAUCUAAAUCAUAGUGAAAAUAGAUCCACUCUAUUACUUUUUUUAAGAAUUUUUCAAAUUCAUUUAAUAUUCAAUUAUUUAAUAUUUAGUAAAUUCUUCCACAAUUAUUUAAUAAAUUAAUUUUUUCGAUUUUUGGAAAACGUAUAAAAGGUAAAAGAAAAACACUCUUUUAUUAAAUUCAAUGAUAUUAAUUAAACUAGCUGUCGUUUUAGUACCUGCCAUUGCAUUUAAACUUUUGUCAUCACAUUGCUUAAAACUUGUUUAAACUUUAUGGAAUUUUUUAAUACUUUAAAUACUAAUAUUUAAAUGAUAUUGUUUCCAAGAUGUGACAACGUGAAGAUAAUCAAUCAAACAUCUAAAAAAAUAAUUUAAGAAUCUAAUUUUCAAUUUUGUGUUCUAGAACCAAAAGAAUCUUGUCUUUGUUAAUUUAUUUUGGGAAAAUAAAAACAGAAAUUUUUUGUUUGUCAAGGAUGUAAUUUUCGACCCUAAGAAACCUAGAAUUACAGAUUUUAUAAAAAUUACAGAGUUGCCAAAGGUCAGGAAAAUCAGGGAACUCAGGGAAAAGUCAGCGAAAGUCGAAUUAGACAAGAAAAUUAGGGAAAAGUCAGGAAUUUUUAUUAAAAGUACGGAAAAAAAAAAUUUUUUUUGAAUUCAUAAGAAAAUUCUGAAUUUUUGUGUUUUUUUGUUCAAUAACUUAUAAACUAUGAAAU